AAAACUUAGAGGUGAAUUGGUUGAACUCUGAGGAAUAGUUUGAAUGAUCAAGUUGAAAAUGGCUACAAAUAUGAUGACUGAUCAAGGUCCUGAUAGAAAUGGUACUGUGUGGACUAUAGAUCAGAAGCUUGAUCAACCCAUGGACGAAGAGGCUAGAAAGCUUAAAAACAUGUACACAGAAAAGAAGCUUUCAGCAGUAAUGCUUCUGCAACUUGCAUUCCAGAGCCUUGGAGUGGUAUAUGGAGAUUUAGGCACAUCUCCGAUGUAUGUUUUCUACAACACUUUCCCUGAUGGAAUUAAAGACCCAGAAGAUUUGAUUGGAGCUUUAUCUUUGAUAAUAUACUCGCUUACUCUUAUUCCGCUUCUCGAGUAUGUGCUAAUUGUUUGUAGAGCAAAUGAUAAUGGUCAAGGCAGAACUUUUGCUAUCUAUUCAUUACUCUGCCGACAUGCAAAAUUGAGAACUAUUCCUAAUCAAGACCGAAGUGAUUUGGAACUUACAACAUAUAGUCGUUCUACAUUUAGUGAACACUCAUUUGCCGCAAGAACCAAGAGGUGGUUGGAGGGAUAUGCAUUUAUGAAGAACACAAUUCUUAUUCUUGUCCUUAUUGGCUCUUGUAUGGUAAUUGGGGAUGGAAUUUUGACUCCAGCCAUAUCAGUGUUGUCAGCUAUUGGUGGGAUUAAUGUUGGCCACCCCAUGAUAAGUAAUGACAUAGUUGUACUUGUUGCUGUUAUUGUCCUAGCCAUUUUGUUUAGCAUUCAACACCAUGGUAUAGAUAAAGUUGGUUGGAUUUUUGCUCCGAUUGUGCUUCUUUGGUUUCUCUUAAUUGGAGGAAUUGGCAUAUACAACAUAUGGAAGUAUGAUAGCAGGGUUUUGAAAGCUUUUUCACCUGUGUACAUAUACCAGUAUUUUAAAAGGGGAAAGAGAGAUGAUUGGACUUCUCUAGGAGGCAUUAUGCUUAGUCUAACAGGAACUGAAGCACUUUUUGCUGACCUAUCCCACUUUCCAGUUUCAUCUAUACAAAUUGCAUUUACUGUAGUUGUAUUUCCUUGCCUUCUUUUAGCCUACUCUAGACAAGUAGCAUACCUUAUGAACAAUUCAGAUCACAUAGUUGGUGCCUUCUAUCAUUCUAUUCCAGGUUCAUUUUACUUUUAA